GUAGAAGACAACCAGCUCGACUUUUACUUGUAUUAUCAGAAAAAUUACGCCUACCAGCACAUUAGAGCCUGGAACAAUCUCUCCCUCCUGACCGGCUCUCUUUCAGUCACUGUCAACAACUCGUGGUUCCCGACAGCAGCCCCAGAGGGUCAAAACCAAACAUGGACCAUGUUUGGCUGGUUCAUACCGUCUGGCAACAACGCGACUCAAAUGCUUGUUGAAACGCAAAGCACAUAUCCACGUCCAUUCAAUUGGACGGUUGUCCGUAAG